AUGAGGCCGCAUUGUAGUGACACUUGGGGGAUUGAUCUUCGCCCAGAUUACCAAGAGCUUGGUGCCCUCAGGAAGUAUGGGGUCCCUAUUGUUGCUUUAACUGGAACUGCUGCAGCAAUAACAAUUGAGCAAAUUAAAAGCCCACUGAAACUUUUAAACCCAGAGAUAAUCAAAUUGCCAUUUGUUAGAGAGAACCUAAUAUUCGAGGUCUUCCCAAAGAAACCUGGAUUUUCAGCUGCACUUAAACAAGUUGUGGAACUAGUAAGUUCGAGAUUCAGUGGUCAAUGUGGAAUUGUGUAUUGUAGUCACAGGGAAGAUACAUCACAGUUAUCCUUGCAAUUGAAAGUGAAUGGUAUUUCAAAGUGAAUCAAUUUGAAACAUGCAAACUUGUGGCUGGAUGGAAAUGUCAAUGUCUGUGCGCAACAAAUUCUUUUCGGAUGGGUAUUGACAAGCCGGAUGUGUGCUUUGUAAUUCACCUUACUUUUGCACCAAGUUAUGAAGCAUAUGUUCAAGAGUCCGGGAGAGCUGGUCGGGAUGGCAUUGAUGCACACUGCAUUGUGUUAUAUAGAUUUGAAGACAGGAAAUUUCACUUGCAUAAUUUCCCAUUAUUUGAUGGAUAAUGUACAUUGUCAGCAAAAAAUUAUUGCUGAAUACUUUGGAAGCACCUUGGAAGGAAAAUGUGGUAACUGUCUUAACCCUGUUAUCCCAGUGAGAAAAGAUUAGCUAAUAACUUGUAUACAGCAUAUUGCUCAGACGCCAAUCAAAUUUAAAACUCCAUGACAAUGUCAAAACAUUCAUUACAGGAAAACAAAUAUGCAAAAACCAUCACAAUUAAUCCUAUUAAGAAUAGCAAGGUCAAACUCCCACCGCGUCUAAAAAGUAAGUGUUGAUGAAAGACAAAGUAAGUGUUGAUGAAUUGGGAUCAACAUAUAUUGGCUCAAAAUCAGCAACUGUAAGAAGUCAAAAGUUUGAUCAGGUACCAGAGUGAAGGAAAAGGACAUUUCAAAUCUGUUAGUCAUCUUAUAAUGAGUAUUAUAUAAUAACUACAGUGAAACACGCAAUUUGAUUGGUCAACAGCCGUGCAGGAUCAGACAAUCCUGCACGGGAAAUUCUGAACAGAAAUUCUUGCACAUAAUUUUACAAAUAUACUCGCAUUGUAAAGUUUCAUUGUACGAUACCUUUCGACUUUGAAGUAAGUUUCCAAUUAUUGAGACGUUGGUUUAGUUGUAUGAAUAAAUUUCUGAUCGAUACAUUGCUAUUCAGCAAGUAGUAACACGUAGCGUUGAAAUUCAUCAGACCAUGGCAUGCAAGUACAACAUCUCUCGCUUCAAAGUUGAUCAAACGCUUCGCAAUCUUCACAUAUUCAGGUCGAGAAUCUUCAAAACUACUUUGGCUCUCUGUUUAGCGGGUUUUCCAUUUCAAAUUUGGUAUAUUUUAUCGAAAAAGUCCCUGUAUUCUCGCUGUAUAUUUUCACGAAUUUGCGAUCAAAUUCUGUUCACAUAUGUUGUUGUUUUCAAUAGCGUGGAGUAGCGAUUCUCUGAUUGGUUAAUUCAUGAAUGUUGUGAGAACUGCACAUUUCAUCAGUAAUUUUAAUCAAGUACAGCUCGUGUAUUUUUACGCUUUCCGAAAGUCUCGCAACAUCCCGCGUGCAUGGACCACACGCAAUCCUGCACGGAAAACCAUUCGGUAUUCCUUUAAUAUAUUUACUGAGAACUUAAGAGAUGAACAUGAUAAGGUAAAGUCAGCAUAUUUAUCUGUAGGUGAUAUCCGUGAAAUUUUGAGUGAAAACAUUAAUGUUAUGUUUUAAAUUGCAUUUUACACAUUGUAUAUACAGUAACUUGUAAAUAUUGGGGAACUCCACUCUUGGAUUUAUAGCUUUAAUACUGUAGUCAUAUUUACGUUCACUUGAAACAAAAAGACUGCAACAGGUUUGAGUUUUCUCCAAAAUAUAACUGUACAGAACAAUAUAAAAUUGUAGUCUAUCAAUUAUUAUUUAUCCACAAUUAUACCCAGACCAAGUAAAUUGGCUGUUCAUAGCCUUCUUUUUAUCAUAAUUAACUUAAUCCCACCAACCAUUGUGUUAUUUACAGUAAAUUCAUUUAGUGUUGUCAAGUGCAAUAGUAAAACAAUUACGAGCAGCAUUAUCCAUACAUCAUUGCAAUCUACCAACGAAAAUUUCUGAGAUGAUCAAAACAUAAAUAGCAUGCCAAAAUUAUAAUUAUACUACCCGGUAUAACAGGUAUAAAUAUUUCAUGACGUAAGUAAAAAAAUACUUUUUGUAAUGUCUAUCAAUACCACUUUAUAAUGAGUAGUUAAAAUUCCUAUCAUGUAACUUUCGUAGUAUAAAAUAUACUUUAGUGAUUUGUAAUAAUAAUUUUUGUAAUACCAGACAUAACAAAAAUAUAAAAUUUAUUGGCUAACGUUUCGUAUUGUUCACAACAUCUUCAGAGCAAUUAAACUUAUUUACAAGCGUGCAUUAUAUAUAUACAAAUUUUUAAACGGUUACAUUAUUCAAAUAAGCGAAUAAGAGGAAGGGAUGAAAAACAACCUAUCAUUAAAAAUAUUAGUAAAUUAAAGAUAUAAUGGCUAGAAAUUAUUAGUAAUUAGAGACCUAUAGCAAAGCAUUAGAAUAGGUCAAGAGGAGUUGACCUAAUGUUGGCAAUCAAUCACUUGGAACCAUUGCCAACAUUAGGUCAACUCCUCUUGACCUAUUCUAAUGCUUUGCUAUAGGUCUCUAAUUACUAAUAAUUACUAACCAUUAUAUCUUUAAUUUACUAAUAUUUUUAGUGAUAGGUUGUUUUUCAUCCCUUCCUCUUAUUCGCUUAUUUGAAUAAUGUAACCGUUUAAAAAUUUGUAUAUAUAUAAUGCACGCUUGUAAAUAAGUUUAUUUGCUCUGAAGAUGUUGUGAACAAUACAACGAAACGUUAGCCAAUAAAUUAUAUAUUUUUGUUAUGUCUUGUUUGAAAGUCAUUUGCUGGGCUUUAAUUUUCAUUUUUAAAUUAUGCUUUCCACCCGGUGUAUCAAUCGCUGCUGUUUGUAAUACCAAUCUAAACCAUUAAGAUGCCAAUGUUGAUUCACUACAUGCAAUAAUACCGUUUUCGUUGAAAUAGAACAAACUGCUAAUUCAUGAAUACAUUUUUCAAACUCACCUAAAUCAACUUCUAACGGGAAAUGCGAACCAUUUCACCCAUUGCUGUGGGUUGUUGCACAGAUUCAAUUUCCUCAGAUGCCAUCAAAUUUAAAACUCCAUGACAACGUCAAAACAUUUAUCACAGGAAAACAAAUAUGCAAAAACCAUCACAAUUAAUCCUAUUAAGAAUAGCAAGGUCAAACUCCCACCACGUCUAAAAAAUUCAAUAAACAUACUGCAUAUCAUCAAUCUAAAUUGUUUGAUCUUCAUUAACCAUAUAAGGUAAUCGAGCAACUAAUACAAAAUAAGCCUACCCAACCCUUAUAUGGUAAACGACCUAAAUUUAAUAUACGAACAAGUUUUUCAGCCUUUAUUCACCACGAUGUGUUCACCGUAACAACAGGAAGAUUUCCUAACAUUUCUAGACUAUCAUGGAACUACUGUUGCAGACCCUUUGGUAUACAACUAUGUGCAUAUGUUCACAGACUUUUGCAAAUUCAAGACGAGUAAAAAUCUAAGUUAUGACCAAGUGUUCAUACGAUGGAAGCAAAAUUACAAAACUCAACCCACAAUCGUUAUUCCCUAUACAAGCCAGCACCACAACCAAAAACCAUGUCAAUAAUGGAAGUAAAUGAUAGCAGUGUGGAAACACAAGCAACCCAAGCUGCCGAACAGUUAAUAUCUGAUUACCUCAGCCCAAAUGACUACUUUAUUGAAGAAUUACCAGACCUCUUCACCGCAGCACAAAACGCACUUCCCCACUCACCACCUCCAAAACCGGAACCACAU